CGAACUGAAAUAUUAGGCCUUCAAAAGAACCAAGACCCCCAAAACACUCGCGCUUCAAUGAGUAAUGUUCGUAGUGUCUCUCAAUUAAAAACUGUCAUUCCCUCCAUGAGUAAACACGUCAAGGAACCAAAUCAAAAUUUCACCAAUUUCGCUUCAAAUCCGAGUCAGAAUGAAAAUUCAAUCGAAACCCAUUUUGUAUCACUCAUCCAUGCCUCCAAAACCAUACUUCAACUCCAACAAAUCCAUUCCCACGUUACGCUUCACGGCCUUUCUUCCAGCUCCAAAAUCACCACCCAAUUAAUUUCCUCGUCUUCCCGUAAGUCCAUUGACUAUGCACUUUCGAUAUUUCGUAAUUUCAAGUCCCCGAAUGUGUUUGUUUUUAAUGCAUUGAUUAGAGGGUUAUGUGAGAGUUCCUGUUUUGUUAGCUCAAUUCAGCUCUUUAGGCUUAUGUUGAAGCUAGAUGUUAGACCUGAUAGGCUUACAUUUCCUUUCGUACUUAAGUCUGUUGCGGGGUUGAAUGUAAAAUGGGCGGGGGAUUCAGUUUAUGGUGGGAUAUUGAGAAUGGGUCUUGAGUAUGAUGAUUUUGUGAGGGUUUCUUUGGUUGAUAUGUAUGUGAAGGUGGAGUUGUUGGGGCAUGCUUUGAAAGUUUUCGAUGGAAGUACUAAGAGAAAUAGGGCCGAGAGUGUUCUUUUGUGGAAUGUGAUAAUUAAUGGAUGUUGCAAAAAUGGGGAGUUGAAGAAGGCCUUAGAGUUGUUCGAGGUGAUGCCACAGAGAAAUAUUGGGUCCUGGAAUAGCAUGAUUAAUGGUUUGAUGAGAAAUGGAGAGGUGCAACAGGCCGUUGAAUUUUUUGACCGAAUGGAGGAGAGGAAUGUGGUUUCUUGGACAACAAUUGUCCAUGGAUUAUCACAGAAUGGGAUGCAUGAAAAGGCGUUAGAGAUGUUUAUGAAGAUGGCGAAAAAGGAGGGAGUCAGGGCAAAUGAGUUAACCAUUGUUUCUGCACUUUCUGCUUGUUCAAAAAUUGGAGCACUUGAGGCAGGCAAAAAGAUACAUGAUUAUGUUUCAAGUCAUGGGUUUCAGUUUAAUGUUGCUGUUGGAACUGCUCUAGUGGAUAUGUAUGCAAAAUGUGGGUAUAUUAAGUCUGCAAGCCAAGUUUUUGGGCAGAUGAAGGAGAAAGAUAUUCGUACUUGGAGUGUGAUGAUAUGGGGUUGGGGAAUACAUGGACAUAAUGAGAAAGCUCUUAGCUACUUUGAGACGAUGAAGUCGUCAGGAGUGAAACCAGAUGAUGUUGCUUUUCUUGCCAUUUUAACUGCAUGUUCACACGCUGGUCAAGUGGACCAGGGCCUUCACUUGUUUGAUAGCAUGAAGCAUGACUACUUCAUCCAGCCGACUAUGAAGCAUUACGCCAUUAUGGUCGAUUUAUUUGGCAGGGCUGGACAGCUGAAGGAGGCGCUAAAUUUUAUUCAAAGCAUGCCAAGGGAUCCUGAUUUUGUGAUUUGGGGUUCACUCUUUUGUGCUUGCAGAGCUCAUAAAAAUAUUGAAAUGGCAAAAUUUGCAUCAGAGAAGCUCCUGCAGCUCGAGCCUAACCAUCCGGGGAGCUAUGUCUUUCUGUCAAAUGUUUAUGCUGGGGUAGGGAGAUGGGAAGACGUGGAAACUGUGAGAAUUUCCAUGAAAGAUAGAGGUGUUGACAAAGAUCCUGGAUGGAGCUCCAUUGAGGUGGAUGACCAAGUGCAUAAUUUUGUAGCUGGUGAUCAUUCUCAUCAGAGUACGCAAGAGAUAUACUUGAGACUAGAUGAAAUAACAACAGGUGCUAGACAGCAAGGUUACAUGCCAGAAACUGAAUGGGUACUUCAUAAUAUUGAAGAGGAAGAGAAAGAAGAUGCACUAGGAAGUCAUAGCGAGAAAUUAGCACUUGCUUUUGGGCUCAUUAGCACAGGUCCUGGAACGAUUCUUAGGAUUGUUAAAAACCUGCGUAUUUGCGGGGAUUGUCAUUCUUUGAUGAAGCAUGCGAGUAAGAUAUAUCAAAGGGAGAUUGUGGUGAGAGAUAUAAAGCGAUUCCAUCAGUUUAAGAAUGGUUUAUGCUCGUGCCAAGAUUAUUGGUGAUAUAAUAAGUAUUAGGCCUUUCUUAACUUGACAUU